ACAUACAGGAGCCCAGGUCGGGCAGCCGGGGCCACUCGCUGCUGCUGCUGUCUGUGAGCGAUGUUUGCCGCCACGCUCCUGAGCCUGGCCUUGCUGGGCGGCGCCCUUGCCUGUCCCAAAGGCGCCUCCUACGAGGCUGGCAUCGUGUGUCGCAUCACCAAGCCCGCCCUCUUGGUGUUGAACCAAGAGACGGCCAAGGUGGUCCAGACGGCCUUCCAGCGCGCCGGCUAUCCGGACGUCAGCGGCGAGAGGGCCGUGAUGCUCCUCGGCCGGGUCAAGUACGGGCUGCACAACCUCCAGAUCAGCCACCUGUCCAUCGCCAGCAGCCAGGUGGAGCUGGUGGACGCCAAGACCAUCGACGUCGCCAUCCAGAACGUGUCCGUGGUCUUCAAGGGGACCCUGAACUACAGCUACACGAGUGCCUGGGGGUUGGGCAUCGAUCAGUCUGUCGACUUCGAGAUCGACUCUGCCAUUGACCUCCAGAUCAACACAGAGCUGACCUGCGACGCUGGCCGUGUGCGCACCAAUGCCCCCGACUGCUACCUGGCUUUCCACAAACUGCUCCUGCACCUCCAGGGGGAGCGCGAGCCGGGGUGGCUCAAGCAGCUCUUCACAAACUUCAUCUCCUUCACCCUGAAGCUGAUUCUGAAGCGACAGGUCUGCAAAGAGAUCAACACCAUCUCCAACAUCAUGGCCGACUUUGUCCAGACGAGGGCCGCCAGCAUCCUCUCAGAUGGAGACAUCGGGGUGGACAUUUCCGUGACGGGGGCCCCUGUCAUCACAGCCACCUACCUGGAGUCCCAUCACAAGGGUCACUUCACGCACAAGAACGUCUCUGAGGCCUUCCCCCUCCGCGCCUUCCCGCCCGGUCUUCUGGGGGACUCCCGCAUGCUCUACUUCUGGUUCUCCGACCAAGUGCUCAACUCCCUGGCCAGGGCCGCCUUCCAGGAGGGCCGUCUCGUGCUCAGCCUGACAGGGGAUGAGUUCAAGAAAGUGCUGGAGACCCAGGGUUUCGACACCAACCAGGAAAUCUUCCAGGAGCUUUCCAGAGGCCUUCCCACCGGCCAGGCCCAGGUAGCCGUCCACUGCCUUAAGGUGCCCAAGAUCUCCUGCCAGAACCGGGGUGUCGUGGUGUCUUCUUCCGUCGCUGUGACGUUCCGCUUCCCCGGCCCAGAUGGCCGAGAAGCCGUGGCCUACAGGUUUGAGGAGGAUAUCAUCACCACCGUCCAGGCCUCCUACUCCCAGAAAAAGCUCUUCCUACACCUCUUGGAUUUCCAGUGCGUGCCGGCCAGCGGAAGGGCGGGCAGCUCAGCAAAUCUCUCCGUGGCCCUCAGGACUGAGGCUAAGGCUGUUUCCAACCUGACUGAGAGCCGCUCCGAGUCCCUGCAGAGCUCUCUCCGCUCCCUGAUCACCACGGUGGGCAUCCCGGAGGUCAUGUCUCGGCUCGAGGUGGCGUUCACAGCCCUCAUGAACAGCAAAGGCCUGGACCUCUUCGAAAUCAUCAACCCUGAGAUUAUCACUCUCGAUGGCUGCCUGCUGCUGCAGAUGGACUUCGGUUUUCCCAAGCACCUGCUGGUGGAUUUCCUGCAGAGCCUGAGCUAGGAGGGAACCGGAGACACAAGACACGCUGACGUCUCCGCCCAUCAGGGUGGAGGUCAGGGAGUGGGUGGGGGAACGGGCGAUGGCUCCCAACUCCUUCUGUCCUGAAGACCACUAGCGUGAAAGCAGCAUACCCUGGGCAGGCAUCUGGCUGAGCGGCUAAGCCGCUGGUCAGGACACCUGCGUCUAGGGUGCUCCGGAUCCCAGCUGCCUGCUAACGUGCACCCUGGGGAGCAGCCGUGCUGGUUCCCGCCAGCCACAUCGGAGACCCAGACUGAGCUCCUGGCUCCUGGCUUUAGCCUGCCCAGUGAGUGGCAGCUAAAUCUCUCUGGCUGUCUCUCUCUGCCUCUCAAGUAAACGAAUAUCUCAAAAACAGGAGAAAAUGGGAUUACAAGAUAAAUUUUUAAAAA